AUGGCCGACUACGCGGGAGGGAAACACGGCUAUCUGUGCCACGCGACUGCUGAUCAUGAUAAGCGCAACGAUGCAUUUGAAUCCCACCCCCAGUGCAAACCCCCCAACACCCACCCAACUAUCUUCUUCCUGUACGAUUUCGUUCGCAACUCCCACAACCAGCUGAAGGCCGUCGACGCCGCAAAGUACGCUGCCGGUGACAACGGUGCUAAGACCGCUGUGGGUGAGGUCGAGGGCCGCAAUGGGUUUGCUAACAUUCUCAUCAAUGACACUACUGGCAAGCUGUCCAUGAUGACCGGCGCCGACCCCUCCAACCCUGCUGAUUUCGGCCCGGAGAUCAAGGCUAAGGCUCUCGCUUUGACCCAGUAA